AUGAAGUGGCGCUUCGGCAGCCCCUACCUGCACCGCAUCGCCAGACAAAGGCUCAGAACUGUGGACACUACAAGACGACCGCGGCAGCAGGCAGAGCUUAACGACGAUGUUGGCGUGGCGGGCACGGUGGAGGUGCACCUGGAGAGCAAGGAGGGCGGCUUCUUCCUGAAGCAUGUGUCGCGCCAGCACUACGCCGACCUGGGGCAGCACGCGCCGCCGCCCAGCCCGCCGCCGCCGCCACCGGACGACGCGGCCGCCGGCGCGGGGGCGGGCGCCGUGCUCAGCGUUGACCGCUUCAGCGUCGUGCAGAGCUCCAGGCCCGUCUCCGUGCGCGCCACCUACGGGCCCUUCUCCACCAAGCAGACGGUGCCGGCGCGCUACGUGGUUCCGGACCCGCUGGACCUGCCGCAGCCGCCGCUGCCGACGCUGCAGCACAACGGCAGCCUCCUGGACGCGGCGGCGGGGGCGGCGGCGGCGGCCGUGGCGGCAGCGGCUGCGGGGGCGGCGCCGCGCCGCCUGGACGUGAGCGCGCACAUCGUGCGGCCGCAGCUGCCGCGCGACCAGCCGCAGCUGCGCGUGCUGUUCCACGCGGGCACCGGCACCGCCGCCGCCGCCGACGUGGGGCCCGGCGUCGCGGCGCUGGGCGGCCGCCGCCACCCGCGCCAGAGGGUCUGCAUCGUGCUGCACGCCGCCCUGGGGGACCGCCCGCCGCUCACCGCCGCCUGCUCGCCCGACGGCGAGGAUGGCGUCUGCCUCGCGCAGGUGACGGUGCCGGCGACGUGGUGGCCGCCGCUGUCGCCGCCGGGCUGGGGCGGCCCCUCCAAGUGGCCACCGCGGCGCGUGCAGCUGGCGUACUCUGUGCUGGAGCCGCGCGGCGAGGGCUGCGUGGCGCGCGUGCAGAUCCAGCCGGUGGCGCCGCUGGGGACGGUGCUGCUGGCGCCGGCCGCCUCCGCCUACCGCGAGCUGCGCGCGCCCGGCCCGCCGCCCGCAGAGGACGGCCUGCUGGCGCUGCUGCUGCCGCGCGCGCCGCUCUACCCGCGGGCGCGCCUGCACGCGCCACUCUUCCUCCUGCAGCCCGCCGCCGCGCUGCUCGUCGUUAAGGUGCGCGUGAAGAACGGCCUGCGGCUGCUGGGCGCCGAGGCGAGCUCGGAGCGCUGGAACGUGACGGCGUCGCUCAACGGCAAGCACACCGCCGCCACCGUCACCGCCUUCCGCAGGGACAGCCUCGCCGACGCGCCGCCGCAGCUGCAGCCCUCGCCGCACGGCAAGCCGGGGAGCGGCGGAGCGGCCGGUGGCGGCGGCGGAGGGCCGUCCAAGGCGGAGGAAGUGUUCUCUCUGCUGGUGGCCGUGUCAGACGAGGGCGGCGCGGGGGCGGCGGACGCGCGCCUCGUGCUGAGCGCGCGCUACGUGCUGGCCGGCGACGUGGCGGCGGCAGCGGGGGCGGCGGGGGCGGCCAGGAAGCCCGCGCUGCUCGAGGCGUCCGGCCGGCGGAGGCACACCGCCAGGCUCGAGGUGCACAAGGACGACAUCCAGGCCGUGCUGCCCAUCUCCAAGAACUGGGAGGUGAUGAACACCGCGGUGCUGACCGGCCACCAGGUGUCGCAGGCCAUGAAGGUGUUCAUCGUGAGCCAGGCGGGCAAGGUGGCUGACGUCACGCUGCAGUCCGCCUGCCACUCCGAAGACGAGAGCGUGCUCAAGGUGUCCAGCUCGUGCAGCUCUGUGUACGUGGACGGCUCCGAGAUCCGCGGCUCGUCCAACGCCUCGGUGGUGGUCAAGUACGGCACGUACACGGGGCUGGCGCGCUUCACCGUCUGGAUGCCGGAGUUCCCGCUAGAGGUCAGCGUCGCGGACUUCCGCCUCAGCCAGGUCAAGGGCUGGCGCGUGCCCGACGAGCACUCUGGUAGAGGUGGCAACAAGCUGAGGAAACGUGAGGCCGCCGACGUGCCGCGGUGGGGCAAGGACCCCAGCUUCCAGGACAUGAUGGAGCACGACCAGAAACCCAGCUGCCGACUGCGCUUCCAGCAGAGCCCCGUCGAGGUGUACGCGCGCUUCAGCGCCUCGGACCAGGACUCGGGGCGCGUGAGCUACUUCGUGAACCGGCGCACCUGGCUGCGUGUCACCGACCUGGUGGAGGCGCUGCUACGCGUCUCCGACCCACGCAUCGCCAGCCUCAGCGGGCGCAUCCUGCAGGGCCGCGGCGUCGGCCGCUCCGAGGUACAGGUGCUGUCGCCGACUGGUAGGGUGAUCGGCGCCAAGGAGGUGCGCGUGGGCAACGACAAGGUGUCCAUCACGCGCCUGCAGGUGCGUGUCGUGUCGGGCCUGCAGCUCUCCAUAGUGCCCGACAGCGCCGUCGAGAACGGAUACGUCGCCGAGACCUCCGUCACGAGGAAGCUGACUGCCCAGUACCAGGAGGGCCUGCUCGACAUAGACAUAGAGUUCUCCGACGGGACGCGGACGCCGCUGCGCGAGGUGGCGGUGUCGGACUACCACCUGCUGGUGGAGAGCCUCGACCCCGAGGUGGUGGCGUUCGCGCCCAUGGUGACAUCGCCGCACCCCCGCGUCAUCGCCGUGGGGGAGGGCCGCGGAGACCUGCUGCGCGUCGCGCUGCUGCCGGCUGACGCCUGCCGCGGGGGCGGCGGAGGCGGGGGCGCCGUGACGCGUGGGCGGCCGGCCGCGGGCGGCGCGGGGGCGGCGCCGGCGCCGGCGCUGGCGGCGGCAUCGGCCUACGUGGAGGUGGACUUCUCUGGCAGCGACCUGCCGCAGCGGCCGGACCUCGUGCAGAACGACGGCGGCCCCGGCGUGGGCGGCGGCCUGCCGCUCGGCUUCGGCCCGCGCUCCAGCCGCGACAUGGUCGCCGACGUCCCGGACAUCUCCAUCGGGUUUCCGCUGAAGGACGAGAACAACCACGAGCCGACGGUGCAGGCGCGCCAGCACUCGGCGGCGGUGUCCGGUCUGGGCGGUGGAUCCGGCGUGCGCGGCUCACACGUGGGCGGCGGCGGCGUGUCGCACCACCACCUGGGACCCGGCGCCGCCCACGGCCAGCCCGCCGUCAGCCUGACGCCGCUCGAGAUCGGCAUGUACGUGCUGCUGGCGGCCUUCUGCUUCGCCAUCGUCGUCUUCGUGGUGUCCUGCGUGGUGUACGCGUCCAAGUUCAAGCCCCUGACGCCGAUGGAGGCGGCCAUGGUGGGAGCGCGCGGCCCGGCGCUGGGGGCGGCCGGCGGCAGCUCGGGGGCGGCCAGCUCGGGGGCGGCGUGCCUGGGGGCGGCCGGAGGGGCGGGCGCCGCCGGCGGGGGGCCGCCCAAGGGCCAGGAGCCCACCACCACCAACGCGCACGACUGGGUCUGGCUGGGCCGCGCCACGCUCGAACGCGCCUCCGGCCACGCCGUCGUCAACAACAACAACAACAACAACUGCAAGGUACGGAUCACGGCGAACCCGCUGGAGCAGUCGACGGAGAUGCAGGCGUCAUCGACAUCGGCAGCGGCGGUGCGGCACGUGCCCGCCGUGGACAGCUCGACCUACUGCAAGAAGGAGAGGGACAAGGAGAGGGAGAGGGACAGGGAGAGGCCGCAGCCCGCCACGCCGGUGCGGCAGCACUCCAGGGAGCCGGCACUGCCCACGCCGCCAGAGAGGAUGUGGCAGAUUCGCAGCAGCGGAACGCCGCCGCCGCUGCCUCCCCACGGGCUGGUGGCGCCCGCGCCGGCGCCGGCGUCUUCGGUGGCGGACAAGCCGCUGGAGGUGGAGUACCGGCCUCCGGUGCCGCCGCACCGCAACAUGGGCGUGACGGCGCGCAUCGGGCCCUCCGCGGCCGCGGGGCUGCCCGCCGCCGGCUUCCAGCAGAGCCCGGCAGCCGCCGGUGCCGACACCGCGGGGGCGCAGACCGCCUCCCCGCUGCCGGCGCCGCCCCCGCCGCCUCCGCACCAGCAGCUGCAGCCGCAGCAGCGCAGGCACCACCACCACCACCACCACCACCGCAGCAACAGGGCUGGCGGAGGCGGAGGUGGCGGCGGCCACGACGGCGGCGCGCCGGAGCAGCCCCCGCAGCGGCACAAGUCCCGCCGCUCGUCCGGUCACCAGCCGCAGGUGCAGCCGCAGGUGCAGGUGCAGCCGCAGGUGCCGCCGCACCAGCACCAGCUGCAGCAGCUGCAGCUGCAGCACGAGGCGGCAGCCGCGGCAGCAGCCGCAGCGGCGGCCGGCGCCAACCACUCCGACUUCGUGCCUGGCGCGCAGCGGGGGGCGGGCUGCGGCUCGGAGGUGAAGCGCGCCACCAUCGUCGGGAACCCCAUGUUCUCGGCAGGCGCCGCCGUGGCGCUGUCCGGGGCCGCCCACGACCACCUGGUCGGGCUGGACGACCUCAACCUCGGCAUGGACUACGACCAGAUCAUGGAGUACUUCGACAACCUCAAAGAGUCAAAUGCCUGAAUCUAGUCACUCGACUCCGUCGUCCGCAACCGCGGGGGGCGGCAACCGAUACCAAAAAGAAGCUAUUCGUGUACAACAUAUUUAUUUAUCUACCCGCGCCAAAUGUCACAUUUCUUUAACACGCGAAGCGUAACGCACUGAACAGCCACUGCUGUGGAGACGGUACGUUUGAAUAGUUUUUGUCAACAGGUUACUGUAUCCACUUCUUUGAGGUGGUGCAUUAAUCGUCUCCUGUAGAUAACAUGACCUAGCUUCGGACUCCGUCCGAAAAAAGCGAGGUGUCUCCAGAAUUUUUUCCACCGUACCAUGUUUGUGUUCCUGCUAGCUACUAUAUGCACGCUGUAUUGCUGUUGGUGUGCUGUAUCGUCAGCUGAUUGAAGUCGACUAAGCAAAGGGAGGCGUCCACCUUCCCCCGCACUGUACAGUAUUUAUUCUAAAAAGAUGUUUCGAUUGAUGUUCCUACUUGUCACGCCUCUGACCCGUACCUCAACCUCACACGCCAGCUGGGAGCUGUCCGUCACCCCUGCUGCCGCAGCACAACUUUCGAGAAGCAUCUUUUUUAUAUUUUAUGCCAAAAAAGAACAAUGUCGUUUUGUUUAUAGAAGAAUUUUAUUUUUAUGCGUGUGCACUCCAUAGUUUUAUUAUGGGCAUCGUGCUGUCUGUUGGUGGCCUUUGCAUGAGAGGUACCCCACCACCCAAAUAUUUAAUAUAUUUAUUGAGGACACUUGAUUUUCCUUGUAAUGUCUGUGUUGUAAAAAGUGUACAUAACGUAUAAAUGUUUGUAUUUGUAAGCAUCUUAAUACCGUUGCACAUUUUAUAUGGGCCCAUAUACAUAUAUAAAAAGUAGGUGAGAGGAUAGCUUUUUUUCCCCAGUCACUUUUUUGUAUACCCAACCAGGGUUUAUUACAAUAUGGCAUGGUAAUUUGUAUCCUUUUAGUGUACUACGAGUCUAAAUUUGUUGACAUUGGAUAAAAUGUUUCUCGUACUAAGCAUUUAGCUAUGUUUAGACGCUAGAGUCAAUUACAGUGUGGAUAAAUCUAAGCGUGAUUCGUAUUGAAUAUUGCAGAAGUAGUUGUGGAGCGAGUAUUAAAUAUCCGUCACUCAAGUGUAGAUCGCUUUAUGUAAUAGGAGACGUAGUUCGUAGUGUACAGAACUAUUCUAUGCAGACGUAAUGCUGGGCUCCAGACAUGAGUGAACCUCUGGUAUCAUACUUCCAUGAAAGAUAAUGCAUGUUAGUCACACGAGCUCUGUAGGGAAAAUUCCUCUGUGACGCGUUCAUCUGUGUACACUCAAUGUAUAAAGUGCAUAUCUGUCACAUUGAUGGUCGUAUCUGCUUCGUACUACAUGUGAACAGCUAAUAUGAAAAUCGAUUAGUGUUUUUCAUACAGCUCUUGUAACUACGAACUUCAUAAAAAUUCACAACAGUCAGUAUAAUGCAAUCGCUUGUUUGUUGUGAUGACUUGCUGAACGGUUUCCCUCACUUAGUUGUAUGUGUGCUCACCAUGUGCUUUCACCGUGGCUGAAUGUCGCUUAAAGAUAGAGAAAAGAUCAGCAACCUACUCCACACUUACGUCCCUGCCACGUAAAUUAAAAAUGUUUCCCAAUAUGUGAAUGUUGUAAAUUGAAAAUUCAAAUGAAGAGUAACUGUAUGUGUACAUAUUAUGCAAUGUCGAUGAAGCUGUUUCUUGAUACUGAUGUUUGCAGUUUAUGAUCGAUUUCAGUAGAAUUUUUAAUGAGGUAUUUGUCCUCUUAUUUACAAUAUACGUACUCCAAAUUAGAUAUUCGCAUCAGUAUGAGACAUAUGUUAAUUGUCUUACACAAAACAUGUAUUUAUUACACUAUAUUUUGUGAACGACUCACUGCUUCAUACUGUAUGUAUAUUGAGUAGUCCUCAACAAUUUUAUAUCAAUGAACUGUGCACAUAGUUAAGUGUUGAGGAAUGUCCAUUAUUGAACUCAUACCGGGUAAUCAAGCAACCUAUCAACAUUACCUCUCCCAAAGGCAAAUAUUCUAAUCUCUCACUGAGAAUUUCGUAAUUAAGAGUACAUGUAACUCACCGACUGCAAAUGUUUGAUGUUAUAUGAUUAUAUGCCUACAGAGUCAUAAAUACAAAUAAAACAAAUUUGUAAUUGAAUAAAUGAUAAUAGCAAGGGUU